UCAUUGACUUUGUUCUAAACUUCAGGAUGGCGUAUACAUACGGUCUACAUAUUUAGAAGGUGCUGGUUGGGAUAAAAGAAAUUGCAUGUUAACAGAACCUGCCCCGAUGCAACUUGUGUGCAAUAUGCCUGUAAUCUAUUUUAGACCAAUGGAGAUUUUCAAAAAAAAGAUCAAAGGAUUAUACAACUGUCCCUGUUAUUAUUAUCCUCAAAGAUGUGGUGAUCAGGGAAGACCGGCUUUUGUUGUAGCUGUAGAUCUGAAAGCUGGGCCUGAUGGACCAGAUUUUUGGAUUAAACGUGGAACCGCACUGUUAUUAAGUCUCGCUGUAUGAAAAAAUUUUUUUAUUUGUUAACAUUGCAGGUAAUAAUAGUAUGUAUGUAGGUAUAUUAUUGAGAGGAUCAUUAUGGCUACAACUUUCAUCAUUCAUUCCGAUAUCAUAUGAAAGUUUAAUGGAAUUAUAAACCUUCCUCUGAAAGAUGACACACACGUAUCAAAUUAUUGUAUUUUCCUCUCGAUUUCUCUCAUUUAAAUGAUUAUUUCAAAUACUUGAUAUCGCCGGUUACUGUCAACGUCGACUGAAAACAACCUAUACCAUUCGCGACAUCAUCUGCAGAUUUGUCUGCAGAUGACUUCAGUGAUCCCAUGAACCUCCAUGGUAACGAAUUCAGAUGGCGCAA